GUGUCUACGGGAAAUAGUUAAAGUCUUGUAGCUCAAGAUUACGUUAACGGUGCCUCGAGGAUUUGCAGAUCAAUUGCGUUUGUUAUACCUAGGUCUCUAGAAAUACAAGUCAACCAUUGUUACUUAUAAUUACAGUCGGAUACAUGUAGCCAGCCAGCCAGAGAUUAGUGCGAUACAAGCGCAAAGGGGUCGAUUGACUGCGUGAUUAUGAUGAGUGCAACAGCCAUUUGUACUUAUUAGCACAAUAUUUUACGAGUGGUUUAGAGUGAUAAAAUACCGAGCACCUGGUUCUAACAUAUUCACGUUGAGUGAAGAUGACAUUACAAGUGGGUUGCCUAUCAUUCAGGCAGCCGUACGCGGGAUUUGUACUGGAUGGUGUAAAAAGUAUUGAGACACGUUGGCGCCCCCUGCUGUCCGCAAUGGAAAACUGCACUCUAGCUAUCCAUAUUGCGCAGAAGGACUGGGAAGGCGACCAGUGGAGAGACAUGCUCACCAAUACACUGGGAAUGAGCCAAAUGCAAAUGGAGGAGCUUCUGGCUUCAGGAGACAGAUUCGGCCGUGGAGUCGUGGCAGGCUUGGUGGAGGUGGGGGAGACUUGGUGCUGCUCUGACAGUGUGCCAGAGGAGAAUCUGAGGGAGCUGGAGAAGGCAGCAGUGCUCACUGGGCUCACAGAGAAACACCUCACACAGCUGUCAAACCCACGCUGGCUCAAGGAACCCCUUUAUGCCAGAGGGCACAAAGACAUUUGGACAGUGGACAUCCCAGUACAAUUACUGCCAUCUGCGUAGAGUUGUUGUAAAAUAAUGUAUACUCAUUUUGUACUGACAGGAUCAUUGUUCAAAUUAGGGACGUUUCUAGAGAUGACACACAAGCUUUAAGGUGCAAUAAAUUACCAAUGGACUGAA